CGUGACAGUGUGACAGGUUAGGCUGCAGCACUGAGCGGAUUAUGUUGCGGCCCAAAGCGCUGACCCAGGUUCUGAGCCAGGCCAACACCGGUGGAGUUCAGAGCACUCUGCUGCUGAACAAUGAAGGCUCUCUACUUGCAUAUUCUGGUUAUGGUGACACAGAUGCCCGAGUUACAGCUGCUAUUGCUAGCAACAUAUGGGCUGCCUAUGAUAAGAACGGCCACCAGGCAUUCAACGAGGACAAUCUUAAACUCAUCCUUAUGGACUGCAUGGAGGGCCGCGUAGCAAUCACAAGAGUGUCUAACCUGCUGCUGUGCAUGUAUGCCAAAGAGACUGUUGGAUUUGGAAUGCUGAAAGCCAAGGCCCAGGCGCUGGUUUAUUACUUGGAAGAACCUCUCAACCAGGUGUCGUCUGCCUAAGAGGAGCAGCACAGUGUAUGUCAGAAUGGGAAAUGAACUGUAUGGAGGUAACUGAGCCCCUGUACUGAAGGAGGAGCAUUAUCUGAAGCAGCAGCACUUCUGUAGUCUGUCACGUGUCUCAUUUCUUCCCCCCCGCCCCGGCAACAGCGAAGCCCACAGAAACCCCCUGGCAACACAAACCUACCUUACUGUAAGGGCUUUGCUUUUAUAUGUGCUUCUAUAUGUGCUUCUAUGACCGGGGCGGACUGCACAAUCGUAUGCCAUUGGAAUCUAUAGAUCGGUUAUAUACUGAACUACAGUUCCCAGCAUCCCUCCUCAGCCCAUGCUGUCAACUGCAGUUCUUUUCAUAUACACACGACUGGAUCACCAUUUGUUCACUGAAGAAGAUGAAUUUGUAUCUUUGCUCAUCAUUUAUAAACCCGUCCCAUAAUUUGGAUCUUCCUAGAUAACAGGUUUCUGUAUAUGGAUAGGAUUACUCUUCAUCUUCCCAUAGAUCGUAUAAUGUAGGGGGUACAACUUAUUGGGCCAUUGAACAUUCCAUCUCUGGAUUUUUAACUAUUAAUGGGGGCUGCCCUGUUCCUUAUCUCAGCAGCAGUGAAUCUGCUCCAUCUCCAUAGACUCUCUCUCUGCAGCACCUCUAGUGGCCAUAAGCUAAAAGUGCACUUAGCAGAUAAAUAGGACACAAUAAAGGCCUAAGGUACUUAUUUAUCAGAAGAUGAAAUAGAGCUGGUCAUACACAAAUUCUACACGACAAAUCGCUUCUUCCUCGGGCCGACAAUCUCCCCAAACUGCCUUCCCCUGGGGGAAGGCACACCCGGUGCUUCAUCUUCCCAAAGUUGCUUCACGAGGAAACAGGCGACCAGGAAAACGAAGCGCAGCGUGUGCCUUCCCCCAGGCGAUUUUCAUUUUAGCCGGCAGAGGGCAGGGGGAAGGCAGUUCGGUGAGAUUGUUGCCCUGAAGAAGAGGAGAUUUGUCGUUGGGGUGACUAAUCUCCCCGAAUCUGCUCGUGUGGCCUGAACCUUAUUGUGGAGUAUUGAUUAAAUGGUUGUUGGGGC